UAAAAAUAAAAUAUUAGACUAGAAAGUAUUUAGUUUACACUUUUAAGUUCUUUAUUUAUAACUAAUAGAAAAUAAUUUUGGCUCAACAACCAAGCAAAAAUGUCUAAAUAUCCUGCCUCCCACCCAUUGUGGGUUGUUAACCCUGAAUUUGACAAACUAUACGUCACGACUGAGAAAUUUGAUAUAACUCGUGCGCCCUCAGUAGAAUCGGUUGAUUCAUACACAUACCUCAGACAAGAAAUAAAGGCAAAUAAACAACUUGAGGAACAAGAGAAAAGUAAAGACGACUCAUUUAUAAAAAGACAGAGGUUUCAAGAAAGGUUGGUGAAGAAAAAGAAAAAAAGUAAGAAAGAUAAAAAAGCACAGGAAAAAGAAGAAAUUGACCUUACCAUGAUUUACCAGCGUGAAUUGACGCCAACCGAUCCCCUUCAUGUUAUCCACCAUGUUAUGUAUGAAUACAGCAGUGGAGAAUUUGUCCCAACUGAUACAAAAGCAACAGAAGUUUUCCUAUAUGAGAUAGAAGGGAAUGUUGUCGUCCAUGAUUCACCAGAAGCAAUUAUGCAGAGAAGAAGGCUAGAGCCAGAAAAAUUCAUAGUCGAACCUGAAGAUGAGGAUGAUAAUCUGUCCAUUCUAAAAUUUCUACCUCCCUCGCAAGACAAUACUAAACUUGAAGAGGAAUUAGCAGAAGAGGAAGAAAUUAUUGAAGAAGAGGAAAUGAGGGAAGAAGAAGUAGAAGAAGAAGAAAAAGACACUUUUGAUUAUGAAGAAUUUGACACAGGUGAUAAAAAGUUACCGAAUCAAUUUAAUUUUAACGAAAGGGCAGUACUUACAACCCCAAUAAUAACAAGAAACAAAACAACACAAACAAAAGCUCCAACCAGAAUAUCAAUGAAGGGAAUUGUAACGCAAUGGAACAUGACAGAUUAUUAUGGAUACGAUUAUGACUUACAACAACAAGUCAAAGAAAAAGCAAAAAAACUAAAAGCACUUGUUUUAAAAAAGAAAGAAAAAAAAGAGCUUAAGGUUGUUUUGACCCCAGCAGAAUCAAUAUUUGUGCGUCUCCUCAAAGGGACUCAACUCAUGGAAAGAAUGGUAAAUCAGUACAUGUAUGAAGAGUUUGCACUGGAUUGUCACUUUUAUGAUGAUCCGGCUGAUACAUACAGAAUUUUAGAAGGGGCGGUUUUACCAUUGUGGGAGUUUUCCUAUGAAGAAAGUGUCGGGUUGACCGUCACAUAUAUAUCAUGGCAUCCCAAGUAUCAAGAUAUGUUCUGCGUUGCUUAUGGAUCUUUUAAAUUCUGUGCUAAAUACGAAACUGGUAUGAUUUGCGUUUAUUCAUUAAAAAAUCCUGCAUUUCCUGAAUCAGUUAUAAGAGUAAGAAGCGGAGCUAUGUGUGUCAACUUUAACAAGUCCAAACCGAAUUAUAUGGCUGUAGGGUUGUACGACGGUACCGUAUCAGUUCACAAUUUGAUAGAAGAAGAAACAGUUUUUUCAAGCACGCUUGAAAACAAACAUGUUGGACCUGUUUGGGAAGUGCAAUGGAGUUCUGAUCCAAGAGAUGGAAAAUUGAGUUUCCUGUCUGUAGCGCUUGAUGGGAAAGUAACAAAAUGGAUCAUCGUAGAAACAUGCUUACUUCAUUUUAACAUAACUACAUUAUAUUUGGACAAUGACCAUUUAGAUGACAUCAUGGGUGUUAAAUUGACACUCCCUGCCACUGCCCAAUGUUUAACCCUUCAUCCUGAAAACUACGAAGCCUUUUUGGUCGGAUCUGCCGAAGGCGAUAUAUUUCAGUGCAAUGUGUCCUACGCCACAACACCAACGUUUAAAUAUCUAGGACAUGACAUGGCCGUGAAUUGUGUUACUUUUAACACGUACAUCACUGACAUAUUCAUGUCUUGCAGCGACGACUGGACUAUAAAAAUAUGGGAGUCGAACCGUAGCAAACCACUUCUAGUUUAUGAUUUAGAAUGUGCGGUCGGAGAUGUUACAUGGUCGCCUUAUUCGAGUUCGAUAUUCGCAGCUAUUACUUCGGAUGGCAAUAUUCAAAUAUUUGACAUGAAUAUUAACAAAUUUGAUGCAGUAUGUGUACAGACCAUAUUCUUGUUUGAUCACUCAAGCCCUACACGACUUCAAUUCAACCAGAAGCUAGCAAUUAUCCUAGUAGGGGAUACAAAGUAAGUAAUUUAAUUAUGUAUUAUCCUAAUAAUA